AAGCCGAUGGAAGUGCUCUGCCUUGGCUUCUCGCGCACAGGUACAGAGUCGCUUUGCAACGCCCUCAGGACUCUGGGCUACAACGGUGUCUACCAUGGGUACACCGAGCACGGCCAAUCCGGCGACUGGGCGAUGUGGAACAAGGCGUGCAUGGCAAAGUUCCGUGGAGUCGGCAAGUUCGAUACCGAAGACUGGGACGAUCUACUGGGCGACUAUCAAGUUGUGUCGGAUAUGCCUUGUAUAUUGUUUGCUAGGGAGUUAAUCGAGGCCUACCCUAACGCCAAAGUCAUUCUCUCCACCCGAUCCUUCCACUCCUGGCACCGAAGCAUCACAUCCGUAACCCCACCGCCUUCAGCUCGAUACCUGACUUACUUCCUCUCCUGGUUCCACCCCGCCACCCUCGUCCAAGUCUACACGUCCGCAUUUCUCGUCGUGUGCCAGAAAAUGCCAAGCUGGUCGAGAACCUCCAUGAAAGCCGCUUACGAGGAGCAUAAUGCUUUGAUUCGAGGUUUAGUCCCAAAGGAGAGGUUGUUGGAGUUUCAUGUGAGCAAAGGUUGGGAACCGCUUUGUGAGUUUCUUGGGAAGCCUGUGCCGGACGGGGUGCCCAUGCCGUGUGGAAACGGUGGGGAGGAGUUCAAGGGACGG